CCGCCGCGCCGGGCCUCAGAGCCGGGACGGCGGGGCGGGCCUUGCGGCCCAGGCCCAGAGCCCGCCCCGGCCUCAGGCCCUAUGUAAGGUUGGCAGUGGCCGAGUCGGAGGCUGCGGUGGAAACUCACAAGCCUGCUCCUUGCUCACCCGCAGACGCCCGCAGCGCCCAGUCUCCUGCGCCGCGGUGUCCCCAGAUCCCCGGCCGGGCGCUGUGGGCAGCUGAGGACAGCAUGCGGGACUACGACGAGGUGACCGCCUUCCUGGGCGAGUGGGGACCCUUCCAGCGCCUCAUCUUCUUCCUACUCAGCGCCAGCAUCAUCCCCAAUGGCUUCAAUGGUAUGUCAGUCGUGUUCCUGGCAGGGACCCCGGAGCACCGUUGCCGGGUGCCUGACACCGUGAACCUGAGCAGCGCGUGGCGCAACCACAGUAUCCCGUUGGAGACGAAGGACGGGCGACAGGUGCCCCAGAAAUGCCGCCGCUACCGACUGGCGGCCAUCGCCAACUUCUCUGCGCUGGGGCUGGAGCCUGGACUGGACGUGGACCUGGAGCAGCUGGAGCAGGAAAGCUGCCUGGAUGGCUGGGAGUACAGCAAGGACGUCUUCCUGUCCACCAUCGUGACUGAGUGGGACCUGGUGUGUCAGGAUGAUUGGAAAGGCCCGUUCACCAUUUCCCUGUUUUUCGUGGGUGUGUUGCUGGGCUCCUUCAUUUCGGGACAGCUCUCGGACAGGUUUGGACGGAAGAAUGUGUUGUUUUUGACCAUGGCCAUGCAGACUGGCUUCAGCUUCCUGCAGGUCUUCUCUGUGAACUACGAGAUGUUUACUGUGCUCUUUAUCCUUGUUGGCAUGGGUCAGAUCUCCAACUACGUGGCAGCAUUUGUCCUGGGAACAGAAAUCCUUUCCAAGUCAAUCCGAAUUAUAUUCGCCACCUUAGGAGUGUGCAUAUUUUAUGCAUUUGGCUUCAUGGUACUGCCUCUGUUUGCAUACUUCAUCAGAGACUGGCGGAUGUUACUGCUGGCACUUACUGUGCCAGGGGUGCUGUGUGGAGCUCUCUGGUGGUUUAUUCCUGAGUCUCCCCGAUGGCUCGUCUCUCAAGGCCGAAUUAAAGAGGCAGAGGUGAUCAUCCGCAGAGCGGCCAAAAUCAAUCGGAUUGCUGCGCCUUCCACUAUCUUUGAUCCAGAUGAGUUAGAAGACCUAAAUUCCAAGACACUUCAGUCACACCACAUUUAUGAUCUGAUCCGAACCCGGAAUAUCAGGAUCCUCACCAUCAUGUCCAUAAUCCUGUGGCUGACCAUAUCAGUGGGCUAUUUCGGACUUUCUCUUGACACUCCUAACUUGCAUGGGAACAUCUAUGUGAACAGCUUCCUUUUGGCGGCUGUGGAAGUCCCAGCCUAUGUGUUGGCCUGGUUGCUGCUGCAGCACUUGCCUCGGAGAUAUUCCAUCUCUGGUGCCCUCUUCCUGGGAGGCGGCGUCCUUCUCUUCAUGCAGCUGGUGCCCUCAGGAUUGUUUUAUUUGUCUACUGCCCUGGUGAUGAUGGGCAAGUUUGGAAUCACCUCAGCCUAUUCCAUGGUCUAUGUGUACACAGCUGAGCUGUACCCCACUGUGGUCAGAAACAUGGGUGUGGGGGUCAGCUCCACAGCAUCUCGCCUUGGCAGCAUUCUGUCUCCCUACUUUGUCUACCUUGGUGCCUAUGACCGCUUCCUGCCUUACAUCCUCAUGGGAAGUCUGACUAUCCUGACAGCUAUCCUCACCUUGUUCUUCCCAGAGAGCUUUGGUGUCCCUCUCCCAGACACCAUUGACCAGAUGCUAAGGAUCAAAGGAAUAAAACAAUGGCAAACCCAAAACCAAACAAGGAUGCUAAAAGAUGGUGAGGAAAGCCCAACAGUCCUAAAAAGCACAGCCUUAUAACACCUCUCCAGAAGGUGAAAAACGAAACAGACCACCUGCAUAUUGUUGAAACGCUGUCAAUGACUGAGAGCUUUUCUGUUCUGUUGACCUUGUGUCUAAUGUGCUCUGUCCUGGAUGGGUGAAUCUGUCCUGGAGAGCCAAGCACAGACAGCUUGCAAAUCCCAUUCCAGUGGUGGCCUUGGCCCUUCCAAAGAAGGUAAUGAGUCUCUUGAGCCAGUGGGACUUGGAAGACUUGCAAAACACCUGCUAGACUCGCUUUGCUGUCUUAGAAGACUGAGAAGGCUGCACAGAUAGAACUGCAGGUCUGUUCCCCUCCUCUCCCUAACUGACAGACUCACAGGAAAAGGAGUAGACGUCUCUCAGUGGCAGUGCUCUUGGCUAGGAUGCACAGGGCCCUGAGUUCCAUAGGAAGGACCAGAUGGAAACAAACAAAACUUCAGAAAUAAAGGAUUCCAUGGGAGUUUGAUUUCUCAUCUUUUCUAAGUUACAAGAAUCCUUACUGUGGUACAUAACGUCAGCAGUGUAUGGAUUGUGACUGCUCAGCCCCACGGCCUGGUGGUGUGUGUGUGUGUGUGUGUGUGUGUGUGUGUGUGUGUGUGUGUGUGUGCUCAGAGUCCUGGACUUGUCCAGGCCGUGAGAAAUCCACUGUGGAGGCCAAGGCUUGUGUUCCUCUGCUGUGUAAAGCAGAAUCCCUGGCUACCCCAGACACUUCCCUGUCUCUUGAAGGGAAUGUGUGGGUGACAGAGUGUCCCUUCCUCUCUCAGCACUGUCAUGGGGGUUGUUUUGCUUGUCAUCUACUGUCAUAUCGCGUGUAAUUCACCCUUCAGCAGAGACUCGGGAACAGUGUUUCCCAGCCCUGAGUCACCCUGGCUGGUGUUCAGCUGCCACCAUGGAAGCCUUAGCCACUGUCACUGCUCUGAGUGCCCAAAACAACAACACUAUGCUUGUUCCUUUUACAAUGUAUAAUCAUGGGGAAAAUUACAAGAAAGAAACGUAAACUGAGUUCCAGUCUCUCGGAGUUGCUGGCUGCAGUCAUGUAACAUCAGCAGGUGUUUUGUGUUCAGUGUGAUUGUCUCCUCUUCUGAUUAUGUUGCCAUGGUACUCCUAAAGCACACGCUUCCCCUACUUUAAAAAAGAAUGUAUUUUGUAGAAACUACUGAAGUGCCUUGGGCAAUGAGAUGGUUUUAAUAAACAAUGAUUUUUUUUAAAUAAUA